UUCUAUAUACGUUAGCCAAGCCCUUUUUCUUCUUUUUAUUUCUCUUUUUUUAAUGUAAACUUAAGUCCUUCUUGGAGAUGCUCAAAUGGCUUUAAAGGUUCUUCUUCGAAAGUUCAAGGCACUUAGAUUGAGAAGAUUUGCUACAAAGGCAAUUAAGGAUAAGAAGGAAGCAAAGAAGAGGGGAACUUGGGUGGGCAUGUCACAUGGUUUUCACACAGUUGAAAGAGAUGGGAACCCUAAAGGUUCUGUGCUUGCGCAAAGAGAGCAAAUAGAAGGUUCAGAGAUGUGGUUAUUUGAAGCCUUUGAUCAGCAAAUGGGAUGUGGAAUCACAAAGUAUUUGCAGUCACAUCUCUUUGACAAGAAGCUCAAUGAGCAGUAUCAAAUUGGAAGAAAAGCCAAAGAAACAAUGAGGAAGGCCUAUAUUUCCACAGGGGCAAAGAUUCAUAAGGGAGAGAAAGCAAAUGAGAUUGGAGGAUCCACAACUGUGCUUGUUAUGAAUCGAAAGCAAUUUGUGGCAGCAGCUUUUGGCGGAUACAAGGCGGUAGUGUGUAAGGAUGGCAUGGCUGUACAAAUAGGUAGGAAAUAUCAAAGAGCAAUCAGGGGACAAUGGCCACUCUCAGGCAUCUUAUGUGUUGCAAACGGUGGAGACCACAAGCCCCCAAAGGACUUGAGACUUGUUGUCACUGCACAAAAUGUGGAACCUGAUAUGGAUUUUAUCAUACUUGCGAGUAAUGGUGUAUGGGAGGUUAUGAGAUACCAGGAAGCUGUUGACUUGAUAGGCCACAUUGAAAAUGCCCAAAGGGCAGCCGAGUGUUUGGCCGAGGAGGCACUUAGUAGAAUGAGCAAGUCCACCAUCUCCUGCAUCGUGAUACGCUUUCAUUGACAAAUGAUUCUUUCCCUUCUUACUUUCCCCAUAUGACAUGAAAUACUAUCAUUGAUAAUUAUUUUGUGCUUGGGAGAAACCACAGAGAGAGAGAGAUUCUUAGAGCAACAAAUUUAGACAUUGAAGAAUAAAUAGUAUGAGUAGACAGUGAUGUUUUAUGCUUGUACAUCUUGAUAUUUAUGCACAUAUUGU